AUGUGCGAUGAAGCGACGGUGGUGACGUUCGUUGGCGAUGGGAACUACGUAGGCGAUGGCGGUGAAUUGCUACAACGUUUGUGGGAGUUUGCAACAUGGAAGAUGAUCCGUAACUGUCCUGGUCGGUACGUUAUCAAGAACAAGAAGAGUACCCCUUUCUUGAUCGACGGAGUGCCAGUGACCUCCAUCGAUACUGGUGACGUUGUGAGGCAAGCUCUUGGAACGACAGGACGUGAAGUACCUACGAUCGUUGUCCAUGACUUAGAGAGCCCACGCUGUGUCGACCGUGUCAAUGUUGUGGUAUUCGGAGCGGAAGGUUGCGGUGGAGGGGUCAUCACCUACUGCAAGCAAGAACAAGAUGGCAAUGCUAUCUAUGUACACACACUCAACACGGCAUCGGGGUUAUGCAGAAAGCUAGGUGGACUGCAGAUAGACCACGUGCUCAAACUCUAA